UGAGUCAAGCUUCUACUUCGUAUCAGGAGGAGUCUUUGGAAUCAAAGAUCAACAGAAUCAGCGAGAUGGUGGGAGAUAAUUUAAGGAUCAUGAACGAUCGUUUGUGUUUGAUUGAAAAAGACAGGAAACAGAUUAAAGAACGUGUGACAAACCUAGAGAAACUACAAAGAGUUACUUCAUAUGAAACUCCAAACAAUGAGGUAACUUUUUUUUCGGAAAUUAAAAUUAAUGUUUAUCUAGUUCUUGAUUCAGUUUUGAGUUGUCAAGUAAUUUUGGAAGAUGUUAUACAUAUUUAGGCUUGCCUUCCUAAUUUUUGUUGUACUUGCACAGACUGACACAACUCCAUUUCAUGAGACGGCUUCCAGACAAGGUGAAGCCAAUGCAGAUCAAGCAGAUGAACAACUUAACAAUGAGGCAAGUAUAAUUUUGAAAACUGUUGGUAUUUAUAAAAUUAUGAAUUUGGUACGUGUUCAUAAUCCCAUUCCUGACAUCAGGAUACACGAGAGCCUAUGAAUGAGAUCACGAAAGAGACACCUGGUUCUCCAAUAGCUCAACAGAAUAUUGAGACUCCAGUCCUUACUCCAAUUCAGACGCAGCAGGAGACUCACGAGCUUAUGAAUGAGAUCAUUUCACCAAACAUUUCCGACACACAGCCAAAUACCCGAGCUCGCAGAAAUCUUUUAACAGAGCAAAAUAAGGAUGUAGAAAGCAGAGUUCAAAAUCCCUUUGAGAUCGGAGCAAAUGUGGAGAUUUCAUCACAAGAUGACAAUACUUGUCAUAAAUGGUAUCCAGGAAAUGUGUUGGCAACAUAUUUGGUUGAUGGGGUUGAGAUGGUGAAAGUUGAGUACUUCGUCCCGUCUCUGGACGAAAAGAAGAGGAAAAGGAGUGUUGAGACACGUGUAUCAAUUGACAGAAUACGUCCUCAACCACCACCUGAGAGAUCUGGAGCGAAGAAAAGUUAUGAGCUAAUGCAGGACGUGGAGGCGUUCGACAAUGGUGCCUGGUGCGCUGGAAAAGUUAAAGUCAUUUUGUUUGAUGGCUCGUGUUUUGUCUCUUUGAACAAUUCUAAAGAACAAAUUUACUUCCACCAUUCUGAGAUUCGAAAACCAAGAAAAUGGGUAGAUGAUGGAAGAAGAGCAGACGCAGAGUGUGAAUCCAAGUGA